AUGAUCAGUUGGGGGAUCACAGGGAUAUAUGUGAAAUGGAGCAGAAAUACAGUUCAAGGUCAAUGGCACCAAAAGGAUCCCCUCAGAGCAUUCGAGUUGUUCGAUUCAGUUAGAAAAGAAGAUGGCUUCAAGCGCAUGUUGUCAACUUACUCAUACAUGAUUGAAAAGCUUGGGUUUCAUGGAGAGCUUGAGGCUAUGGAGUAUUUGCUGUCAGAGAUUAGAACAAACAUCAAUGCUGUUUACUGGAAGGAGUCUGUCUAUAUUGGGGCCAUGAGAAGUAGAGGAAGGGGUUGUGAUCACAAUGUUGUUGCAUACUGUACUGUCCUUGGUGGGUUCUAUGAACAGAAUUAUCGAUGUGAGGCAUAUGAAUUGUUUCUUGAGAUGCUUAGUUUAAUUAUUCAUCCUGAUAUUGCAAUAUUCCAUAAGCUUAUUCAUAUACUUUGCAAGAAUGGGGACAUCCAGGCAAGUGAAAAGCUUCUUGCCAAUGUCCUGAAGACGGGAUCCAGUCCAAAUUUGUUCACAUUCAAUAUUUUCAUUCCGGGACUUUGCAGGAAAGGCGCUCUUGUUGAGGCUGUGAGGUUGGAAAGUAUAACUGCAGAGGGUUUAACUCCACAGGUUGUCAUGUAUGACACUUUAACUGAUGGCUUGUGUAAGAAUUCUAGGGCUGUGGAAGCUGAAAGCUUUUUGAGUAAAAUGGUGAAUUGGGGGCUUGACCUAGACGACUAUAGAUACGACACCAAAAUCAAUGGAUACUGCAAAGUUGGUCCGACAGAAAUUGCAGAUAAGAUUCUCAAUGAUGCAAUUUUGGAGGGAUUUGUGCCAGAUCAUGAUCAGAGGCUUUUCCCAGAAGGGGCUUAUAAUGGAACUGAGAUGUCCCAAAAUUUAGUUAUUAAUGGACUUUGCAAGAUGGGUUGCGUAUCUGGUGCUUAUGAUGCUACAACCAGAGGGUACAUCCCCGACAUGUUUACUUUCUAUACAUUGGCUGAUGACUGUCGUAAGCAAUUGAAGUUGGAUGGUGCAGCUAGAGAGAAUGUGCUUUAUGGUGUUUUUCCAGAUGUGACCACAUAUAAUUCUUUGUUGAAUGGCCUAUGCAACAAGGCUUCAAAGUUUGAACAUGUGAUGGAAAUUUUCGACACGAUGGUUGGGAAACAGUGCAACCAUAAAAUCAUUACUUAA